AUGCAUCCGGCUCCGAGUCUGUUGGAGGCGCCUCCGAAAAAUGGCAGCGAGGAAUCCGGCAACAGACCUCAAACCGGCUCACCUUCAUUGUCGCAUCAUGAGCUGCCUCAGUCUCAACACUCGCCCAUCCAACAACAGGUGCAGCCGUCGCUCCAACAGCAACCUCAGCAGCAGCAACAAGAACAACAACAACAUCAGCAGCAGCAGAUCACACCUCAGCAACGCCAGUCUUCACAGCAACCUCCUCCUACCCCCGGCCAGUCGGCUUCUCCUCCCCUGAGGAAGGACACCAACUCGUCCAUCUCAACCCAGGCUACUGCGGCCUCCGCAGUCACCAAUAUGUCCGCGGACACAAGCAACACAUCGUACAGUGCCGACACCUCUCCUAACUUAACAUCCAUAUUCCAUGUCAAGGAUGGCUCCGACGUCUCUAACCGGGUCCGCGCGAGCAGGAGGCGAACCGGUCCUUUGUCCCAACAGCAGAGAGAGAAAGCCGCCCUCAUAAGAAAGCUCGGCGCUUGCAAUGACUGUCGGCGUAGGAGAGUUGCAUGUCACCCCAGCCAUCACAAUAUGACCUGGGAGGACGCCGUCAGAAAAUAUCAUAGGUCUCAUAGUCCGACGAUCCAGGAUAUCGCCCCCUCCAUGUCUGCCCAGCGCCCACUCAGUCCUGCUCCUGUCAUGAACAACGUAAAGUCAAUGUACGCCCAGGACCCCCAGGAAAUGGACAUAGACUCCCCAACACCCCCAGGACAGCACCGAUUGAGCGAAUCCCGCAUUCGCACGCCGCUCCCGACCGGUCCCAGGCUCGACAAGCCACCAAUGUUACCCGGCAUCGAGAGUCUCAAGUCGGACCUGCAGACCAACGUUUCGAGGAUACUAUCUACACCCAGCCGCAGCCGCUACUCCAGUGCACAGGUUCUACUGCUGUACUGGCAAGAUGACCCUGAUGUUAGUGUCGGGAAUUCCGUCAAGGAACUGGGGGAAGUCUUUGACCAGUAUUACCGGUAUACGUUUUCCAUCACCACGAUCCCGCCUGCUUCGGAGGCUUGCAAAAGCCCCUGGAGAUGGCUUUCGCGUAAGAUCACCGAUUUUGUCGAGGACCGUGACCAACGGGACGUCUUGAAGAUUGUCUACUACAACGGUCACUCCUAUCUGGACGGGAACCGGGAGAUGGUACUCGCCAGCUCCAAGGACAAGGACAAGGCCGAGACGAUUCGAUGGAGUGGUAUCCAGCAAGUAUUCGAGGAAGCGUGUUCGGACACGCUAAUCAUCAUGGACGCGGCCUUUUUUCCGUCUUCCAAGAUGCACCGCCAACAGGGCGUUUUGGAACUAGUGGCUGCGGCCGUAUCGGAGGAGCACUUCGACGCCCUGGAUCGCUGCACCUUCACCAAGGUUCUCACCGAACACCUUAAGACGCGCGCCUCGCAACGCUUCACAAGCCCCUUCUCGGCUGCGGAGCUUCACUCGAAGCUGCUCUCCAACUACCCGUCUCUCGUGCAGGACAAGAACCCUGAAAAGGAAACCAUCACGAGCUUUCCCUCGCCGCUGCAUAUGCAGGUAUCCGGAAACGCUCGGCUGCCUUCAAUCCUCCUCGCCCCGCUCAAUAUCGGCCCCUUGAGGACGAGCUUGCCGUUCGGUACAGAGGGCCAGCAGCUCGUGCUGUCUUUCCGCAUAGGCGACGAGCCCAUCGACAUCGACAACUGGACCGAGUGGCUCAGGAUGAUGCCUGAGGGGGUCAAGGAUGUGAGGGUUGACGGCCCUUUCCGGCCGUCCAGGUAG